AUGUGCCUCGCCUGGGCCUGCGGGCUCCUGUCCCUCGAGGCCGCCCUCGUGGCCAGCCGGACCGGCCGACCCGCCAGCGCCGUCGCCGCCGAGCUCGUGUACGGCGGCUUCAUGCUGGACGCGCGCGUCACCGCCGUUCGCGCCGCCUUUUCCCAGGCCCGUCUGCGCGCGCGUCCAAGGCGGGACAUCGUUGCCGUCCUCGGAGCCGUGGAUCCUGCCGUGGCCUUCUUGCCGCUCGACUUUUCGCGAGCGACGUGGGGCCCGGACCACGUCAAAGCCCUGCAUUGCAUGGUCGAGUUCGGGACGCAACCCGGGUCCACGACGGCGCUCGUCGACGCUUUCAAGAGCCCCGAGCACAACAUCGAUCGAUCCGGCCGCCUGCUGGAGAUAUUCAGAGGCACCACCGCCGACGUGCUCGGUUUCACUUCGCGGGCCACCAGCCUCUCGGCCGACGUCACGCACAUCGUCAACCGCAGCCCAUGGAGGCACGCCGACUGCCGGAAAGAAGAGGAGCCCGGCAACGGCUCCGGCAACGGCUCCGGCAACCCGUACGGCAUGGGCGUCACCACGGCCGUCGUUUGCCUGGUGCUGAUGUGGUGGCGCUUGCAUUUGCCGCCGGCCUUUGUGCAAGCCAGCGUCGUGGGCGCGGCGACCUUUGCGUUGAUCGUAGGCUUCAGCUGGGACGCGCACCAUGUUGCUGUGCAGUACGGUCUCCUGGGUGUCGGCUACGCGGUUUUCUGGAAACGUCUCGUCACUGUUCUCGUGGGCUUUGCGGCCGCUUUCGUCAUUCAGAUAUUCCCUCGACCGCCAUCCGCCAUCCGCCAUCCGCCACGCGCCGCGUUAGCAAAACGCUCGCCAACCACGUCGGGAUACUCAACAACCACUACGCCCUCCUCGUAUCCCAAUGGGCCACGGGCACGACCCAGGGCGAGGGGCAAAAGCCGGCCGGCACAGCAGCCGCGGAGAAAAUCACAAUCAACGUCCGCCCAGGGACUCAUGGAACUCGCGCUGGCCGUCAGCCUUCUGAAACUCGAGGUCAGCACCACGCCGUUCGACCACAGCAUCUUGGCCAUGGUCACGGAGAAAUGCAGCAUGAUGAAUCAGUGCUUGGGGAAGCUCCUCGGCUUGUCCUCCCCGCUUCCGAGCCACCUGCAAGGCCGUCUGGCGCAGACCGUCGGCAUAAGUGGCAGCACGAGCGUUGCCAACAUCAUGUCAGUGCUGACAAUUAUUGAGUCGUCACUGAGAACGGGAGCCCCGUCACCGCAGAGGCUACCGGCGGUUCCCUUGGUUCAAAGCUGUUUCCUGCAGUGGCUCACUCGUCACGAGCGCGCCGAGCUGAGCGUCGGCCUCAUCAUGAGUGAGAAUUACAGGCGAUACUGCGUGGCCUUGUCGUGCUACAUGACAUUUCUGUCGACGGUGGACGACUUUGUGCAACAACGAAAGCAUGCGCUGGGGGAGACGCACGUCGUCCAUCAGUGGGAGGACAACGCGUAG